GUCUGCGCGGGGCGGCCAUUGGCGGCGGAGUGUCACGUGACCGCGGGGGCGUGCCAAUGUGCGCCCUCACGGGUGUCAAACCCCUGUCAGAGUGUGCGAUCAAGAUCGUGAAACAACGCGAUGCAAAAAGCGACCUACUACGACAGCUCGGCGAUCUACGGUGGCUACCCCUACCAGGCAGCCAACGGGUUCGCUUAUAAUGCCAAUCAGCAGCCGUACCCGGCGUCCGCCGCUUUGGGCGCCGACGGCGAGUACCACCGACCCGCCUGCUCCCUCCAGUCUCCCUCCAGCGCCGGGGGCCACCCCAAGGGACACGAACUGAGUGACGCGUGCCUGCGCACCCUGAGCGCCCCACCUAGCCAGCCUCCAAGCCUGGGCGAGCCGCCCCUGCACCCGCCGCCGCCCCAGGCCGCGCCCCCUGCCCCACAGCCGCCUCAGCCCCCACCUCAGCCCCCUGCACCUACCCCUGCCGCGCCCCCGCCUCCCUCUUCUGUCUCCCCUCCUCAGAAUGCCAGCAACAACCCUACCCCUGCCAACGCGGCCAAGAGCCCCCUGCUCAACUCACCCACAGUGGCCAAACAAAUCUUCCCCUGGAUGAAAGAGUCUCGACAAAACACAAAGCAGAAAACCAGCAGCUCCAGCUCAGGCGAAAGCUGCGCUGGCGACAAGAGCCCGCCGGGGCAGGCUUCGUCCAAGCGCGCGCGCACGGCCUACACGAGCGCGCAGCUGGUGGAGCUGGAGAAAGAGUUCCACUUCAACCGCUACCUGUGCCGGCCGCGCCGGGUGGAGAUGGCCAAUCUGCUGAACCUCACUGAGCGCCAGAUCAAGAUCUGGUUCCAGAAUCGCCGCAUGAAGUACAAAAAGGAUCAGAAGGGCAAGGGCAUGCUAACGUCAUCGGGGGGCCAGUCUCCAAGUCGCAGCCCCGUGCCCCCCGGCGCCGGUGGCUAUCUGAACUCUAUGCAUUCGCUGGUCAACAGCGUUCCAUAUGAGCCUCAGUCGCCCCCGCCCUUCUCCAAGCCCCCCCAGGGUACCUACGGGCUGCCCCCCGCCUCCUACCCUGCGUCCCUGCCCAGCUGCGCACCCCCGCCACUCCCACAGAAGCGCUACACGGCGGCAGGGGCGGGCGCAGGGGGCACCCCCGAUUAUGACCCGCACGCUCAUGGCCUGCAGGGCAACGGCAGCUAUGGGACCCCACACAUACAGGGAAGCCCCGUCUUCAUGGGGGGCAGCUAUGUGGAGCCCAUGAGCAACUCCGGGCCAGCCCUCUUUGGUCUAACUCACCUCCCCCACGCUGCCUCGGGCGCCAUGGACUAUGGGGGCGCCGGGCCGCUGGGCAGUGGCCACCACCACGGGCCGGGGCCUGGGGAGCCGCACCCCACCUACACGGACCUUACCGCCCACCAUCCUUCUCAGGGAAGAAUUCAGGAAGCACCCAAGCUCACCCACCUGUGAUGGUGGGCUCGGGGCUACGCGCCAGGAGAGUCCCCCCACCCACCUUUUUUCUUUGGUUGCUUUUUUUUUUUUUUUUUUAGGUUCUUCCUGCCCUUUCCUUCUUUCCUUCCUUUUCUCUCUUCUCCGCCCCGCACUCCGUUUCCCGGUUUCCCCCCUUAUUGGUAAGGCGUUUUUAUAGUUUAUGUGACGUAGCAAUCUUGGUUGCUGGAAUGGCUGUAUCAUAGCGAUAUUUAUCUCUUCCUGCUCCUCGAUAGGCCACUGGCCCUGCACCCUUUACCUUCUCCACUUUUUGAUCAGAAACAGGGUAUAUGAACAAAUUUUCUAGUCGAGUUUUCAAUGUGAAUUUGUUCGUACAUUAUGGCUCCCGAGGGGAAGCGAUUACUUUUUUUAAUUUUUAAUUUUUUUUUAAAUUGCACUUCUUGUAAAGAGUGAGAAAAAAAAUCAAAGGCGCUUUGAAACAGGGGCUCCCUGUGCAAGGAUGACUAAGUGUACGUCUUUCCGUGUGUGUAUGCUGGUGAACAGUCAGAUUUAUUUAUAUUUUUUUGCAAGCAUUGAAUAAUCUAAGUUUUAAAUAUUAUUUAUCCCCAUCCGUUCGUAUUUAUAUUAAAGAAAUUCUGUACCCUGAUGGUUCAGAAGGGUUCUUGGGCCUUUUGUUCAAUUGUGUAUUGGCGUACUUAGAAUUUUUUUUAUUUGAAAGAGAAAUAUAAUUCCUUUAAACGGUAAUGAUGCAAUAAAACCAGAGAAGAUCCAGCUUUUGAAAACAGUGAUUUAGGUUUGUAACAUCCGGCAAAACUGAAAAAAAAAAAAAAUCUGUAAAGGCGAAAAAUACUAGAUUUGUUUUGAGAGUUCUACAUUCCUUGCUGCUCACAUUCUGAGAAACAAAAAGAAAUAAAGUUUUUAUUCUGAAUAA